UGUGCAGAUAUUGGCGCCUUUGAUUCCAGCCCAGAGCCCCUCACCUCUGACCCCCAGCACAGGAAAGCAGCAUGGCCAGGAGUUAAGCUUCGGCUGAAACACAGGCGCAGUGACCCUACAGGCCGACCUCACUCUUGGCAUUCAACAAAAUUUGGGGAGAACCAACCUGAUGCCAGCAUGAUGCAAAUAUCUCAGGGCACGAUUGGCACUCCCUGGUCCCAGAGCUACCAUUCUAGCUCCUCUACAAGUGACCUCUCCAACUAUGACCAUGCUUAUCUGAGGCAGAGCCCUGACCACUACAGUUCCCAGGGGAGCAUGGAGAGCCUGGAGCCCAGUGGGGGAUACCCACCCUGCCAUCUGCUUUCUCCUGCCAAGUCUACCAGCAGCAUCGACCAGCUCGGCCACCUCCAUAACAAGAGAGACUCGGCGUACAGUUCCUUCUCCACCAGCUCUAGCAUUGUAGAGUAUCCACCCCCUGGCAUCUCUAGCCGGGAACAUUCAGGCUCAGUGGAUGCCCCUUCUGCUCGUGGCAGCCUCCUAGAAGGGAUGAGGCAGGCAGAUAUUCGCUAUGUCAAAACAGUCUAUGACCCCCGAAGGGGAGUCUCAGCAGAAUAUGAAGUGAACUCUUCAGCCCUGCUUCUCCAAAAUAGGGAGGCCCAGGCAUCCGCCGACGGUGAAGACUAUGACAAAUGGCAUAACUGUCCCCGGGGCAAGGGAGCACCACCACCAUCCUGGAACCAACAGUGCUCCAAUUCCUUGGAAACAGCCAGUGACAACCUGCCUCCUAAAGUGGGUGCACCCCCGCCCCCAGCUCGGAGUGACAGUUACGCAGCCUUUCGGCACCGAGAGCGACCAAGCUCUUGGUCUAGCCUUGAUCAGAAACGGUACUGCCGGCCUCAGGUGCACUCUUCAGGCUCCCUGAAAUCUUCCUUCGUGGAGGAACAGCUGCAUACAGUACUCGAGAAGAGUCCAGAGAAUAGCCCUCCAGUGAAGCCCAAACAUAAUUAUACACAGAAGGCCCAGCCUGGCCAACUUCUGCUGCCAACUGGCAUCUACCCAGUACCUUCCCUGGAGCCACACUUUGCCCAGGUGCCCCAGCCCUCUGUGACUAGUAAUGGUUCACUCUAUCCCGCUCUAGCCAAGGAGAGUGGAUACGCAGCCCCUCAGGAAGCUUUCGAGAAGAUCGCUACCUUGGAUGAGAAUGGGAACCAAAAUGGAUCCAGCAGAUCUGGGUUUGCCUUCUACCAGCCAUUAGAACAUGACUCGGUGUCUCCAGUAGAGAGGAAACUUGAAACUUCAGCCAAAUGUGUCCCCUACAAAAGUAAUUUCCCUUCAGUGCCUGAAAGUGAGGAAGAUAUCACCUUGAAGAGACAUGUCUUACCCCUACAAGGCAACAGCCUACAUCCCACUGAAAGAAAGAGCACCCACAGCAACAAACUAUAUUCUAAUCACCACAGUUCUCCUCAGGCACAGGCUUGGCAAGUGGAUGAAGAGAAGAGAUCUUUUAGACCGUCAGAACCUUGGGAGGGUGAUUUCCAGGAAGACCACAAUGCCAACCUCCGGCAGAGGCUGGAGAGAGAAGACCUAGGCCAGGGCCAGUCCAGCAACUUUGGCAGGACCAAGUCCACCUUCUCCUCUCUCCAGAACAUACCUGAAAGCCUAAAAAGGCAAAGCUGCCUGGAGUCAGGAGAGGGAGCCCAGGAGAACUACACAGAUAACCCUUCCACCUGCGCAGUCAAUUUGAAGGGAGAGGAAGCUGGAAGGAAAGUUGUGCCUAAUCACAGGAGCCAUCUGGACAGGCUGGUUUCCUAUCCAAGGCCCGAGGGGAGAGCCAGUGCUUUGGCCUCUUUCCAGAGUUCAGAUCCAAGAUUUGAAGAACCACAUUCCCCACCCCACCAGCAGACAUCCAGUCUGGGUCGAAGGAGGCUCAGUUCAGGCGGGACUUCAGUUCUACAGGGCUUUCAGUACGGGAAGGCCCACUGCUCUGUGCUGGAGAAGGUGUCCAAGAUCGAACAGCGAGAGCAAGGGAGCCAGAGACCCCCAAGCGUGGGCAGCUCCAGCUAUGGUCAUCACUACAGGCCCAACAGGACGCUCCCAGCUUCUACUUCCGGAAGUGAUUUUGAGGAGACAAAAGCCAAUAUCCAUUUAUCCGAAUCCACUGAAGCUGUAGGCAGUGGGGAGCAGCACUUCAAAAACGGUGAGCCAAAGUUGGAAGAGGUUUCCUGGCAGCCAUGUGGUCAACAGCUGAAGAGAGAAGUGGAGGGAGGCCGGCACCCCCCACUCCAAGGCGGUGAGCCCCAGAGGCAGGACACUCGCCUGCUCCGCAGCCAGAGCACCUUUCAGCUUUUCAGCCAGGUGGACAGGGAGGCCCUGUGGCAGGACGACAGGCUCUGCAUACCCGAGUCACCAGUGCAGGAGGCCCCCUUCAGCCGAGCCUACCGGAACAGCAUUAAGGACGCGCAGUCCCGCGUCCUGGGGGCCACCUCCUUUCGACGCCGGGACCUGGAGCUGGGAGCAUCCUCGGCUUCCAAGCCCUGGCGCCCACGGCCCGCCUCAGCCCAUGUGGGGCUGCGGAGCUUGGAGGCACCAGCCACCGCCUCCCCACACACGCCCCGUGAGCGCCACAGUGUGACCCCGACCGAGGCAGACCCCGGAGGCCAGCCUGUGCUUUCCACAGCUCGAAGGGGGCCGCGCCGGCGUCUGACCGCAGAACAGAAGAAACGCUCCUACUCGGAACCGGAGAAGAUGAAUGAAGUGGGCGUCUCAGAGGAGGCCGAGCCGGCCCUCGGGGGCUCGCAGAAGAAGGGGCUGCGUUUCCUGGAGAACACAGUAGCUGACCGGCGACGCAUCUUCGAACACGAAAGCAAGGCCUGCUCCACACUCAGCCUCUCAGGGCCAGAGCUGAAGCAGUUCCAGCAGAGUGCCCUGGCUGACUACAUUCAGCGCAAGACUGGCAAGCGGCCCUCUUCCGCCGCAGGCAGUGGCCUCCAGGAGCCCGGGCCCCUGCGUGAGCGCGCCCAGAGCACCUACUUCCAGCCUGGCCCGGUGGUGCCAGAGGACUCUGGCCUCGCCCCUGCCUCCAGCCUCUGCUCUCUGAGAGAGCCAAGCCUGCAGCCCCGCAGGGAGGCUGCCCUAAUGCUGGCUGCAGUGGGGAGUGGGGGGGAUCUCCCACAGACUCUCCCACAGACCCCUCGAGAUCGCAGCAGCUCUUUUGCUGGUGGUCGCCUAGGGGAAUGGCGACGUGGGGACCAAGCUCAGCGGGAGCUGUACAGUAGGGCCAACGGUGGUGGACCAAAAGGCACCCUGAGGGUGGACAGAACCCCUGCGGAGUCUUCCUCAUGGGGGGCUGCAGACGGAAAGACCAUGAAGUCCAUGUCUGCAGAGGACCUGUUGGAGCGUUCAGAUGUCCUGGCUGCUCCCGUCCAUGUGCGGUCACGGUCAUCUCCGAUUGUGGACAAGAAACGACCGGAUGUGCUUUUGGGAGAAGACAGUGGCUUUGGUUUCCUGAAGGAUCCACGUUGUUUGGCCGACCAGGGACCCAGGUUAUUCAGUUGCUCAGAAAGAGGCCGAGAAGAAACGCUUUUGCUCAAGCACCAUCCCAGCCUUCGCUGGGGUGGUUUAGGUUGCAAAGCCGCCGUUGGUUCCUCAGUUCACAGCGAAUGUCCUGGACCCCUGGACCAUCAGAGGCAAGCCAGCAAAACACCUUGCCCCCGGCCUCUGCCCACAGGAAUGCAGGGGCAGCUCACAGACACCAGGGUUAUACCACUAACACCACUCAACUCAGCUAUGCCCUCCCCUCUUCCCUCUGGCUCAUCGGCUGCUGCCAACUCACUGACUGGAAGGGAUGGUGAAGUGAGACAACAACCUCUUUUAACCCACCCCUCUGCAGUAACCCACAGAAGCAAAAGUCAUAACCUGGCCCAGCCUUCCAGUCCCAGAGGCCUUGAGCCCAGCAGUCCAGAGCAUGGCGUAGAAGAAGCAAGGAAGAGGGGCUCCCUGCCUCAGCGGCCUGCACACACCUGGGUGAAGUGGGCGCAUAGUGUCAGAGAGGACAGCCCCCCCAAGGAAUUCCCAACGCCUGCCUUUGCAAACCAGAAGCACUCUAUAAAGCAGCAGUAUCUUCCAAGUUCAAGCAGCACUUCUGACCCAGAGACACCUCUUGGGGCCUUGAGCACUCCAGGAAGGAUCUCUCUCCGAAUAUCUGAAUCGGUCCUGCAGACCUCCCCACCACCCAGGGAAGACUAUGAUGAUGAGGUUUUUCUCAAGGACUUGCACCCGAAUGCCACUUCCAGCCCUACAUUUGAAGCUCUNNNNCCCCCGCCUCCACCCCCACAGAACGAGGAAACUCUGGUGAAUACCGGGGAUGACUUUCCUCCACCUCCUCCCCAAGCUUUGUAUGAGGCUCAGCUGGACAGCGAGGAUUACAGGAGUCCCCAUACCAGCUCCAGCAAAUAUGCCAAGGUGACAGUUGCCAAGGAAAAGCCAGGGGCUGGUGCAGCCCACAUGGAUGGUGAUCAGCUACUGGCUUCCAGACCACAGACUUCUAUCAGGGGCCCAGAGGUCAACAAGACCAACCCACCCUCCACCACAGAAGCUACACCUCAACUUGCUGGGACUCUUGUCAAGCAGCCAACCCCAGGGAAGUCACCUCCCAUCCAGACCCAAAGCCUGAGCCAUGAUCCAGUUAAUGGGAUUCAAGGGUCAGAAAAGAAUGUCAGCUUAGGUCCUCAGAAAACCUCUGAAGACAUCAGAACAGAGACUCUGGCCAAGGAAAUUGUCCACCAAGACAAAUCUCUGGCAGAUAUUUUGGAUCCAGACUCCAGAAUGAAGACAACCAUGGACCUGAUGGAAGGAUUAUUUCCCCGAGAUGUUAAGUUGAAGGAAAACGGUGUAACGGGGAAGGCCGUGCAGAGAACGGUGGACUACCCGGGGUAUGAAGGCAAGAGAAAUGAAGACAAGGAAGCACUGGGCAUGCUGGUCAACUGCCCAGCCUACUACAGCGUGUCUGCCCCCAAAGCUGAGCUUCUGAACAAGAUCAAAGAUAUGCCAGAAGUGGUGAGUGAUGAAGAGGAGCAGGCAGAUGUCAAUGAAAAGAAGGCCGAGCUCAUUGGAAGCCUCACCCACAAACUAGAGGCCCUUCAGGAAGCAAAGAAAAGCCUGUUAAUGGACAUCAAGCUCAAUAACGCCUUGGGAGAAGAGGUGGAGGCUUUGAUCAGUGAGCGGUGCAAACCCAAUGAGUUUGACAAGUACAAGAUGUUCAUUGGUGACUUAGACAAGGUGGUCAACUUGCUGCUCUCCCUCUCAGGGCGCCUGGCCCGUGUGGAGAAUGCCCUUAGCAGCCUUGGUGAAGAUACCAGUAAUGAAGAAAGGAAUUCUCUCAACGAGAAGAGGAAGGUCCUGGCGGGGCAGCAUGAGGACGCACGGGAACUCAAGGAGAACCUGGAUCGGAGAGAGCGGGUCGUGCUGGGCAUCCUGGCCAAUUACCUCUCCGCAGAGCAGCUCCAGGAUUACCAGCACUUUGUGAAGAUGAAGUCAACGCUCCUCAUUGAGCAGCGAAAGCUGGACGAUAAGAUCAAACUGGGCCAGGAACAGGUCAAGUGCUUGCUGGAGAGCCUGCCCCCGGAUUUUGUUCCCAAGGCGAGGGCCCUGGAUCUGCCCCCAAACCUCCAGAGUGAAAUGACCCCCAUGAGGGAUUAUAGUUUCAGCUAUGUUUUGCCAGCAUUAACCUCUCCACUCUAACCUCUUGUAAAAUACCCAACCGAAAGAUCACCCUUUCUCUCAACACUAUUUAAUGUGGAAGAAAUGUACCACUGCAACCCACCAUUUAAACUGUAUGGGCUAUUGGUUUUUUUCUGGAUAAAAGGAAAAAAACUCUGUCCAGGAAAAAGCCUGCUCUUUCCUUCUCCACUUCGUGAUUAUCUUCUGAGAGUGUGUAUGCUGCUGAGAACAUAUCCCUUUCUAUUAUUAAUUCGUAGCAGAAAGAAAAUUAAUGAAGCUGUAACAACUGAUCAGAGGGGGUUUGAUUGAUGGUUUAGUUCUUAACUGGCAAAGGCCACGCAGAUGAGUGCGAGUCAGUCACCCUCAGGAAUGGAACCACGGGGGCUCUUCACUCAUGGGCAGAGUACUGACGACAGGCACAGCGCUCAUUAAUGAAGGGUCUGCAACAUGAAGCCUUAAAAAGCAAUGGAAGAAAAUUGUACAACCUUGAACACUGUUAUUUAUAUUUUUAAAAAUGAAAAAGAUCAUUGUUUAUGUGCUAACCAUUUAUUUGAUUGUUUUGUGGUGGAUGUAGACAAUUAUGUUUGACUUUGUAUUUUGUG